GGCAUCUCGCCCAAGACCAGGCCUGCCGAGGAAACACGCUACAACAUAGCUGACAUUCUUUAUGGGGUGUUGUAGGAGGCAGCAUGCAUGAGGACGGAUCACUUUGUGUUAGCUGGCAGUGUGAGCGCGUUAAAAACUCCAACGUUCUUGCCACGCUUCAGCGUAAAGUCUCCAACGCACAGAACACGCCUCCAAUGAAAAAUGGAAUGACAGCGUCUGUCUGUCUGAAAAGAAGAGAGUAGAGAAAAAGAAAAAAAACCUUUUCCCCCUCACUCUUACUCACUGAAUCUCUCCUUCCUUCUCGCUCUGUCCUGCGUGCUCCCCCCUUUCUCAAAAACAUGAAGGAAGAAAGAGAAGAAUCCGGCUGGACGAGUGUGGAGAAGGGAAAGUUUGAGGACAGCUUUUAAAAGAAAACGAAAGAGAGAGAGAGGGAGACAAUAAUAUGCGGAUGGAAUGAAGAUAGGGUGCUUUAUAGCCAUUCAACGCAAUUAAGCGAGACAUACGGGCUGCGCACAAGAACGCAGUUACUCGACUCUUCUCAACGUAAGACUUUUAGAAUCAUUUUAGGAUAGAUGAAUACUCAAACCUCGACUAUUAAGACACAAAUGAUCGUAUUUACUAAGUCCUAGAGCAGCUUCAUGAGCUGCAAGUCACAGCUCAUCCCGGAAAAGGACUUAGCCCCGAGGACCAAGAGGCAGUGACUAGGGCAGGUCGCCGCACCCGGAGUUUAGGCGUUGCCACACGGCGUUGACCCGGAGCCAUGGCAGGGGCGAAGCCCGGAGUCCACGCUCUACAGCUCAAACCUGUGUCGGUUCACGACAUACUAAAACGGGGGAGCAAGUUUAUCAAAUGGGACGAGGAGCCCAACAGCGGUCACCCAACCCUCAUCACUCUGAAGGUGGACCCAGAUGGAUUCUUCCUUUACUGGACUGGUGGGGCCAACAUGGAGGUGGAGAUUCUGGAUAUCAGCCAGAUCAGAGACACCAGAACUGGGAAGUUUGCCAAACUACCAAAG